UGCCAGCUUCCUUGGCCCUGAAGUCAUGGCCUUAGGUCUCCUGUGGCUGGGCCUUGUCCUGCUGGGGGCCUUGCAGACCCAGGCCCAAGAUUCCACCCCAAACCUGAUCCCAGCCCCGCCUCUGCGCAGGGUCCCUCUGCAGCCUGACUUCCAGGAUGAGCAGUUCCAGGGAAAAUGGUAUGUCUUAGGACUGGCAGGGAGUGAAUUUAAUAAAGAAAAACACAGCCAGUUUAAGAUUUACUCCACCACUUACGAGCUAAAUGAAGACAACAGCUACAAUGCCACCUCUACCCUGGCCUGGAACCAGACCUGUGACCACUGGCUCAGAACUUUCAUCCCAACUUUGUGGCGAGGCCAAUUCACCCUGGGCAACAUUGAGCGAUACACUGGAAUCCAGAGGUACAUUUUACGAGUGGCAGCCACAGACUACGUCCAGUUUGCCAUGGUGUUCUUCAAGAAGAUUUACAAACACCAGGAGUACUUCAAGAUCACCCUUUAUGGGAGGACCAAGAUGCUGACCCCUGAACUGAAGGAAAACUUCAUCACCUUCGCCAAAUCGUUGGGCCUCACAGAUCACCACAUAAUCUUCGCUAUCCCCAUUGGUAAUCACCAGGUGGAGAGAGGAGAGGGCCAUAUGGGAACUGUCCAGGUCUGAUGUUGCCUCACUAUGGAAGGGGGGAGAGGAGGGAUGCAGACCCCUGCCAUGGUCACUGGAGUCUCAGGAUCCACUUUGGUUUCAGGAAGACGCUGCCACAAUCAGGGUUCUGGGCCCCUAGUGUUCCUCCCUCACCCUCGCUCGGGCCUGCCCACAUGAGAAUUGCAGGCAUGGGGCAAAGCUUCCUCAGUCUCCUUGCCUGGCCACCUCCCCCUUUGCCUUGGGACUGGCUCACCACUGACCUAGGAGGUGCCCUUGUCUUCAGGCUGCCUGGCCUGGGCAGGUGCCUCCCAAAGCCUGAGGGUCUGUCAGGACUCAGCAGGUAAACAGGCAGAAGGCUUGGUGCCCAAGCAGGAACUUGACUGGGCCUCACCUUCCUCCUUUGAAGAACGGGUGUCACCCAGGUCUGCUUGUCCUCAGGCCUCUCCCCCAGUCCCUGCUCCAUCAUCCAGCCUUCUGCUGUACCAUCCACAAAGGGAACCCCCAGAGCUUCUGUGGCUGGACUAGGCUGAGGCCCAGGGUAACCCAGGGGCAGUGCAGGAGUCCUGGAGGUCAGGGAUCCCCCACACACCCCUGCCCAUGCUGACCACUCUGUCCCACACAGAUGAGUGCAUGGAUGAGUGAGCAAGUGUGUGGUAAGUAUGGUUGGAGUGGGGACUGAUGGGAGCCAGGGUGCAUCUGGGAGGGGGUCCCAGGUC